AUGGUGCGUAUCCUAUUAUCUCUCAAGGGCAACCCAUACUCACAUCCACCUCAGACACAUCAAACAGGCACUGGUAUUCUGUGCCCUCCUCUUGAUGACACCUAUCGUCGAUCUCUAGAUGACAUUAUCAUCAAGAUGUCACCUCUGACAAGUCGAGCGGAGAAGCUACUCUCCAAUCCUUCUCCCCCGGUGUUGGAGCUGCUAGAGCUACAACGAGAUCUAUUGGAGAUUGACGACGAGAUUACUUACUGGGCAUAUGACCGACCCCCUAGCUGGAAUCCAGAAGUAGUUGGGGAAGUCUGGAUUGAUCCAGCAAUAUCAGAGGAACCAUCAUUCUAUUGUGCCGGCCCAGUUGAGAAGUACUUCGAUAUAUACGUCGCAACGGCAUGGAACUCAUGGCGUUCAAUACAUGUCGUCUAUCUUGACCACCUCAUACACGUUGCCAAUGCCCUUGGACAAUGCGAGCUUGUUCCUCUAUAUAAAGAGCGGAUUGGCGAGCUGGCUUCGGGGAUCAAGGCAUCAAUUCCAUUCCAUCUAUAUCAAGACGUUGAGAAAUACGUCCAGCAGGCAAAUGCUGGAACUCCCCUUUUACACUCAGAUGGGCUUGUGGGAGGACUUUUACUUCUUCAUCCUAUGUAUGCCCUUGCCCGGUGUACCACAGUGGAUGACUCAACAAGAAAGUACAUGUCCAAAACUCUGAGAUGGAUCGGUGAUGAGAUGGGAAUUCGACAUGCGACCAUUCUUGCGGAUGGCCUUCAGCCUGAUAUGCAAGGACCUUCUGCGAUGCAGAGUUCGCAAAUCUCCUUCAUCGACGCACUCGAUGGGCAUUUCCUGAUUACCGCGAGUAUGAUGUUAGAGCCGCAUUAA